UAUUAUUGUUGUAAUCUGUGGUUGAUAAUUUUGACAGGUGGGAAGAUAUAACUAGGUAGAAGGAAAUUAUAAAAUACGAAUAUAAUUAUUAUCUUCAAUUAAAUUUAUUCGUUGUCUUUACCUGAGAGUGCAGCAUGGCUAACAGUGGCUCCUACAGCAGUGACCGCACCUCCGCAGCCACUGCUGCCACCACCGAGAACCAGGAUUACUCGGCAGAUCCGGCUUCAGGGGGGUUCUUCCAUUCCGACUAUAAAAAACAUGAUGACCUGAAGCAGAUGUUGGACAGUAAUAAAGAUAGUCUGAAACUAGAAGCCAUGAAGAGGAUUAUUGGAAUGGUUGCGAAAGGAAGAGAUGCGUCUGACCUGUUUCCUGCCGUCGUCAAGAACGUUGUGUCCAAGAACAUCGAAGUCAAGAAGCUGGUGUAUGUGUAUUUGGUGAGAUACGCAGAAGAGCAACAAGACCUUGCCUUGCUGUCGAUAUCCACCUUCCAGAGAGCUCUCAAGGAUCCCAACCAGCUGAUACGUGCGAGCGCCCUAAGGGUCCUCUCCAGCAUCCGCGUGCCGAUGAUCGUGCCCAUCGUGAUGCUGGCAAUCAAGGACUCCGCCUCCGACAUGUCGCCGUAUGUCCGCAAGACUGCGGCCCACGCCAUUCCCAAACUGUACAGUUUGGAUCAGGAGCAGAAAGAAGAGUUAGUCCAUGUAAUUGAGAAGUUAUUGUCAGACAAGACUACUUUGGUUGUUGGUUCUGCAGUUAUGGCUUUUGAAGAGGUGUGUCCCGAGAGGAUAGACUUGGUGCACAAGAACUACCGCAAGCUGUGCAACCUGCUGGUCGAUGUGGACGAGUGGGGCCAGGUCAUCAUCAUCAACAUGCUGACCCGAUAUGCCCGCUCGCAGUUCCGCAACCCCAACUCCGAGGAUGUAGGUGAUGACAAUUCUGAAGACAAGCCAUUCUACGACGACGAAGAUGACGACGAAGAUGGUAAGGUGGCUAAAGGUGACAAAAGCAGGAAGGUCUUGAGUCUGGACCCGGACCACAGGCUGCUUCUAAGGAACACAAAGCCUCUACUGCAGAGUCGCAAUGCUUCAGUAGUGAUGGCAGUCUCCCAGCUGUACCACCACCUCGCCCCGAGAUCAGAGGUCAUCGUGGUGGCGAAGGCCCUCAUACGACUGCUCAGGUCCCACCGGGAGGUGCAGUCGGUGGUGCUGAACUGCAUCGCUUCCAUAUCCACGCUGAGAAAGGGCAUGUUCGAGCCGUUCCUGAAGAGCUUCUUCGUGCGCACCAGCGACCCCACGCACAUCAAGCUGCUCAAGCUGGAGAUCCUGACGAACCUGGCGACGGAGACGAGCAUCUCCGUGAUCCUCAGGGAGUUCCAGACGUACAUAUCCAGCCAGGACAAGGAGUUCGUCGCCGCCGCCAUACAGGCGAUCGGAAGGUGUGCAUCAAACAUCAAGGAAGUGACGGACACAUGCCUUAGUGGACUGGUCGCACUCCUCUCCAACAGAGAUGAAGCAGUAGUUGCGGAGAGUGUCGUGGUCAUCAAGAAGUUGCUGCAGACGCAACCGUCGGAGCACAAGGACAUCAUAGUGCACAUGGCGAAGCUGGUGGACUACAUCACGGUGCCUCAGGCCAGAGCGUCCAUCCUCUGGCUGUUGGGGGAGUACUCGGACAGGGUGCCCAAAAUAGCCCCGGAUGUGCUGCGCAAGAUGGCCAAGGGCUUUAUCUCGGAGGAGGACAUAGUGAAGCUGCAGAUUCUGAACCUUGCGGUGAAGCUCUUCCUCACGAACCCGAAGCAGACCAAGCUGCUGUGCCAGUACGUGUUCAGCUUGGCCCGUUACGACCAGAACUAUGACAUUCGGGACCGCGCCAGGUUCCUGCGCCAGUUCGUGUUCCCGUCCUGUGGCAUGGAGAACUCCUACCUGGCCAAGCACGCCAAGAAGAUAUUCCUCGCCACCAAGCCAGCUCCUGUUCUUAAGUCCAAGUUCAAAGACAGGGAGCAGUUCCAGCUGGGGUCCCUGUCGCACUACAUCAACGCCAGGGCCAUGGGCUACCACGACCUGCCGCCCUUCCCCGAGGUGGUGCCGGACUCCGGCGUGCGAGACGUGGAGAUGCCGGCCCCCGUGGCCGAGCCCCGCGGCAAGAAGACCCAGGUGAAGAAGCGCUCGUUCUACUCCUCCGAGUCCGAGCACAGCUCCGCGCCAGAAGAUUCUGAUGAAGACUCAUCUGAUGACGAUGCAGAUGAUGAUGAAGAUAGCUCAGAAGAAAGCAGUGAGGAAGAGAGUGAAGAGGAAAGUGACAGUAGUGAAAAUGAAACAGAAGAAGAGGAUAAGAAAGACAAGGUAAAGGUCAUGAAAAACAAGAUAAUACUGUUGAAGGAUGCAAAGUCGAAACCAGAUGGAGAAAGUUCUGUCGACAACUCUGAAUCGUCUGAGGAAGAUGGCGAUUCCCCGGAGGAAGACAGCGAAGAAGAAUCGUCUGAGUCGUUUACGCAGAACAAAAAGAAAAAGCCAGACACCUACAAAUCAGACACUCCGCAAGGGAAGAGCAACUUGGAUCUGCUGCUGGAACUUGAUGAAGUGCCGCCAACCAUAACACCGGUGAUGACACCUUCAUUUGGUGGCUUCCUGACUCCUGCGACCCCUGUCACUCCUGUGUCGCCAAUGUCGAUACAGGCGACCAGUGCCAGCUACAUUCCUCUGACGGCAAAAGAACUGGUGAAUAAGGUAUCUGGUCGAGGGCUGAGUGUUUCAUCGAGGUUCACACGCUCCACCCACUUGUUCUCACCCACUAUGGUCUCCAUAGAGCUGACGUUCACCAACCACAGUUCUGAAGACAUCACAGACAUAAGGACUGGGAAGAAGGAAUUGGGCCCAGAGAUGGCGAUGCACGACUUUGCUCCCAUAUCGUGUCUGGCGGUGAACGCCAGCCUGCCCGGCGUCAUCGGAGUGGACUUCCGGGACUCCACGCAGCCCGUGAGCUUCCACAUCCUGAUGGGCGACGACGGGCGGAGCUGCAGGGUCACGCUGAAGCCCGCGGUGGGAGAGCUCCUCCAAGCUGUCACGAUGCCAGAGGCCAUCUUCAUCGCUGAGCAGAACAAACUUCGAGGAAUGAACGAACACAGUUGUGUUGUGCCACUGAUGCCCGGAUGCGUUAACCAGAAGUAUAUUUGCCAGAGAGUGUACGAAACUGCCAAUGUUUCUUCAAUUUCAAGUUUGGACCCACUUUCUCUGAGGUUCGCAGGACAGAGCCUGUCAUCCAAGUCUUUGGUCCUGGUCACCGUCACGCUGCCGGGCGAGACCGCUCCCGAUCACGUCACCGUUUCAGUCAACUGCGAGAAGAUGGUCAUUGCGUCCAUGCUGCUAAACGAGAUAAAAAGCCAUUUGCGCAGCUAGUUCAUUGUUGCACAUAAUCAGCCCACCUCCUUCCUGGUGCACAUUUAGUGAUCUUGAUUCUGUUAACUAUCAUUUCAUAAAAUGGCUAAUGUGUGCUGAAGGUUGGCUUUGCUAUAUGAAAGUUUACAAAUGCAUGUAGGAUGAUGCAAAAGUUAGUUGCGUCAAUUAUGAUGGUGUCAUUAUAUACUUAAGAAUGCAAUAACUAGGUAUCUUCAGGUCACAAAAGUCACAAAAAAAAACAGUAAAUCCGAAGUCACACAGACAGCUAUGCUAUGUUCGCGAUAUUCGCUCUGUUUGCUAUGUAGCUGCUCCAGGAUAGUCUUGUUCAUGAUGUCGGAGAGACGCAUGCCAUAGGAUUCAAGUGAUGAUUCCAACGAUGAUAAUAUUCUGCUGGCUCUUACAGUAUGUAAAAUUUUAAAAGAAAUGGGUUUGUGAAAUAAAAAUAAAUGAAUCUAAAGAAUGUCAUCAUUUGAUGAAGCAGUUGCUUGUGAGGAGGAAGCCAAAAUUAUGCAUUCCCUUGAAAUCAAAUCCCAGGCAUUAUCCUGCAUAUCCGGCUUUCUAUAGUCUUAUAUCAGUUUAUUCCAUAAACAUGGACAUUUUCGUACUCCUUCAAUAAAAUGUUCCGUUGAGAUGAUACUAAUUUAAAGCAAACGCAGAAGUACAGCACAAUUCUGCACGAAGUCGCGACGUUUUAGCAAAAUAGCAGAGAACCAAACACCUGGUGACGUUGCCAACAUAGCAAACACAUCUUUGUGUGGCCAGUCCAGUGGCGGAUCCAGAGGUUCACCUCGGAGGGGGCACUCUAGGAUUUCAGAAUAACCAGAGAAAAAAUGUCUUCAAAUUACUAAAUUUGUAUUUAAUCUACUCACACUACACAUAACAUCCAACCACCAGAUUUUAUGAUUAUACCAGAAAUUCAUUAAUUAUAAUAAAAUAUUUUAUUGGUUCCAGAAACAAUCAUUUUUGUCGGCAAUAUUAUUGUAACUGACAACUGGUUUUAUGGGAAGGGGGGGGGGGGGGGGGGGCACUUGCCCCUGGUGCCCCCCCUUGGAUCCGCCACUGGGCCAGUCACACCUGAGAUGCAGCUGGCUAUGUUUUACUCACCUCGCAAACAUAGCGAGCAUGGCGCCCUGUGUGGCCGUUGCUUAACUGUGCUGGAGGUCAGGAAACUUUAAUUUCCAGCAGACUUUUUCGCAUUUUGUUUAUAGUUUCACAUUAAAUAUAAUUAGUUGGAUACUGGCCACUUAAAUCUGUAAUCAAAUUUACCUGACCAAAAUCCCAAAAUCUCAAAUUUCCCUAUUUAGUUAUUUUAAUAAUUUACCUAUUUCGCCAUUUUCUAAAUAAAGAAACCCCAGCUUCCACUUUUCCCCUUCCCCAUAGCUAGUUCUCUGUACACCUUUAUUCAAACAGAACCUUUCAGUCGCCAUUUUAUGGCAUGUAUGAAUAUGCACUAAAACGCCAUCUGAAUAAAAAAUUAUUUCACAGACUUGGGUGAUUGCAGACUUGAGCAUAACAUUCUCAAAUUUCUAUGAGUUUAUCAGAAUUUCAUGUAAAUUCCCUGACUUGCCCUGACAAAUUUCAACAUCCCUAACUUUCCCAGAAUGUGGACAGCCGGUUAAAUUGUGUGGAAAGUAUCUCUGAAAAGUUUUCAGUUUUCUAACAAAAAAAUUGCUACAUUCCUGAGAAUAGAAGAUUUAUUUUGUACUGUGUUUGGUUUUUAUGUAUUUUUAAAAAUGAUCCUUAGGCAUAAAAAAUAGUCGUAAGAAACUUUUAUUUAAAUGUCCUGAAAAUGUUUUGAAAUUGGGUCACCAGGUAUUUCUAGACAACCUGGUUAAAUGAUUAAUAUUUUGAUUUUGCACUUUUAAGAUUUGACUGCUGUGCACUUGGUGUAUGCCAGAAUAACCUUUAUUUUUGGACCUAAUCCAGCUAUGCUGUCUUGAGUCUUUCACUGUACUCUUAAUCUUCCAGAAUGAAAAUUAUUAAGUAUGUACAUGAAGGCCUCGUUCACUCUGUGGUAGUGACUUUCUGAAGUUUCUUUCAAAAUAUCUACUGUCACAAAUAACUAGCAAUGUAAGUCAUGUGAUAAUGAAACUUGCAAUAUCAAGCUAUGAUAAUUAAUAAAACUCUUGUAAAAGAUGUCUUCACCAUGUAUUAAUUAGCUCAAUGUAAACUAUGUUUACUUCAAAAAAUUACACAAAUUAAAAAAAAAAUAGAAGAAUUAUAUUUUUUUCACUGAAUAGUGGUUAAAUGUGUUUACUCCAUCAGAAAAAACUUUACAAAACAUUUGCAUCUUUCCUAAUUGCUGCAAGCAAAUUGCUGAGAUUAUCAAAGGGUGUAUCUUCUCAUUUCCCUGUAAUGUGUUGUAUGUCUAUAUUCCUAAGAAAUUUACACGUAUGUAGUACAUAAUUAAUAAAUAACAACUUUAUUUAGACACGCUUAAUAAACGAGGCACUUUGUUUAGCAACAGAAUAAAAAUGUAUUUUUAUAAUAUUUUAGCUUUGUUACAUCAAAUACUACAUCAAAGUAAAAGAUGGACUAAUUUUAUUACAGAAAAACUAAUGCCAGAAUUUUUUUUAAUAAACAUGGUCUGCCUGCUAACUAUAUUAAAGUUAGCAUGGUGGGCUGCACUGACAAGAGAAGUUGAAAGUUAAUGUGUAUGUGUGAAGAAAGAGAAAUGUUAAGUAAAUAUGGUAUAAAAUAAUUAUACGAGUGUGGUUAUAUGUUCUUAGCCAGUGUGGAAAAUAUUAUCUGUUUUUGUUUUUAUAGAAAAGUGUAGUUAGUUGUAACUAGGCAUGUAAUUCAGUGUGAUUUUCGAAUCCAUUCCACUUUCCCUCUCACUGCGUAAUGGGAGCCAGGACUCUGGCGACUAGCCUGGUUGAGGCGCGGGCCAGGCAAAAGGUCUUGGCCUAGGCAAUGGCUUGCAGGGCGGUCUAGGUGCUGCACCACGCCUCCGGUGGCCUCAUGGGUGGCACAAGGGCAGGCACCUGCAUCAGUCUUCUCCAAUAGGUGGAGGGGCCUGGAUACCUGGGCAACCCGUGGCCAACCGGACCUUUGAGUACCUCUUUGGCGGAGUCAGUGGUAGUCGGGAUACCAGUGAGAACUCCCUCCAGACAGGAGGCGGGGUCCUCUCCCAGGCUCCAGGUCACUGGGGUGGCUCAAACUGGGGCCUCGAGGGCUGCGGGGGUGCUGCUGGUCUCAUUUGUUGAAGCUGCAUGUUGGCAGGGCUCCCCUCGUUGGCCAACCAGGCUAGGGGGGCUUCCCGCUUCUUUACUCUUCUCCGGUUGCGAUCUUGCAUAAGGCCAGGCUGGGUGGUGCGAAAGGAAGUUGCAGCGUGCGGUGUACUGUGGUUAUUGUUCCUGACAGACCACCCCAUCCUCAGGCGUGACUGUUUUCCCGGCAGAGCAAUGUCUCUGAGUACUUUCAGUCAUGUCCAAGCGUUCGGGGUGUGGCAACUAUGGCGACAGAUCCGCAGUGGGUUUUUUUUUCCAAGCGGGCCAUAUUGCUGGAUAGCCUGGCCACUGAGGAACCAUUCCACUGCUGUGUCAGUGAGGUACGAGGCAAGAUGUGAGUGACUCAGGCUGUUUUACCUGACUUGUCUCUCGAGUCAGUAGGGUGCCGGAAAAGGGCCUUGGAGGGUUUACAAGGCAGACAAAUGGUAGAGUUAGAGGUAAUUCCCUAUGGAACAGAAAGGUGUAAAGUCAGUGGCAGGUGUUUGUUACAAUAUAACACACCUGCUUCCUUCUGGUAAGCUUUUUAGAGGAUUGCCCUAAAGUGCCCAAACUGGUUCUACUCACGACCGAUGACGUCAAUGGGAGGAGCAUCUGGAGGCGGAAUCCAGGGCGGCAGGCGAGAGCACAAGGGGUGCUGUGAGGCCCACUGCCCCAGGAACACUCAACAUUUACUGCCCAAGAGCUGCCUUUUAUACCAUCCUUGCCGGAGGGAGGGUGUAGGACAAACUGUGGAAAGAGGGAAGGGCUUUGGUGGCAGUCUGCAGUGCUCGGGUGGACUAGGCUCACCCCUCUUUCCAAGGCUCUGGAGCGGUGGCAAGCAGCCGUUUGUGGGGUGAAUUUCCAGCCUUGUCCCAUGCAUAUAAUGGGCAUUACAGCUGGGAAUUGGCAUCGGGCCCUUUUGAGGGGACCCGGGCAUACGACAGAGUAAUGCAUUAUUGAUAUGCAAAGAAAUGGCUUCAUAGCUAUGAGUGUGUAGUAAAAUAUGUAUUGGUUAGAUCUGCCAUGUAGUUCUCUUCCUUAUAGUAAGUUAACAUAUUCUCUGUGAUUUGAUUAUAAAUUUAUUUUUAAUUUUGUUUUUUUUAUGUUCAUGGAUGAGUGGCAAUUGUGAUGUUUUACUGCAUGAAUUAAAUAAAUGUUACC